CUCUCUCUCUCCCUCCCGUGCCAACACUUUUUCUCUCCCUCUCUCUCAUGUGCUUUCUCUCCACCCCUUCUCCCUUCACCCAUUAGCAGGAAGAACAGAUCCCCAACGGAGGAGAAGAAGAGAGACGGCAGUGGCAGACGGAGCAGAAGAGGAAGAACAGAGAGAGACAGGACAGCAGAGAAAAAAGACACAGAGAAGUGAAGCAACAUGGACGCUCUGAAGAAGGGAUUCUCCAUGGCAAAGGACGGAGUGGUGGCUGCUGCAGAGAAGACGAAAGCUGGAGUGGGAGAGGCCGCCACCAAGACCAAGGAGGGGGUCAUGUUUGUCGGUGAGAGGGCUGAAUGGAUGGAGGGUUGGAUGGAUGGAUGAAAAAGUGUCACAGAAUCUUAGAAAUUAUGGAAAAGAAACAUGUAUGUGUAAAAAAUGAUGGAUGGGGCAAAGUUAGGUUAAAAAAAGACAGAUGGACAAAAAGUGAAAUGACUCUUUUAGGUCAGAAGACAGUAAAAAUGAUGUCGAGAAAAAAGGGGAUGACUGGAAAAAAAAGAGAAAAGUUUCCUUUGACUUUAAUUUACCACAAAUGUAAGUUGAUGUCUUUAGGAAACUCUAAGAUAGAUGGAUAAUAUAACUGAUCAAUACUAAAAUGUAAUGGACAAAGAGAGGGACAUGGGGAUGGAGGAAGUGUCGGGUAGAGGACAAGCAGCUGUUUGCAGCAGGAAUAAUGGAAGACAGACGGAUUAAAAAGAGAUGAAAGUAGGAUUAAAAAAAAUGAAAAUGAAUGUUUAUUUGCCAUGUUAGAGCACAUUUAAAGACGAGAAACUCAAGUUUGAGUUAAAAAGAGAGGAGAGACAGGGGAAGGACAAGAAGCUGAGACUGAGACAGACAUUUGCUGGGGUGUUGAAGGGAGGAAUAGCAAGCAGGAGGGAGUGGCAGGCGGAGGACAUGACGCUGGCUCUUAAAAUAUUCAGAAUGCAAUUCAUCACGAGAUCGUGCAUAAAAUUUUAAGACUUUGAAGUCAGUUUGAAAGGGAAAAAAAAAGAAGGGAGAGACAGAAAGACGGAGGGUAGAAGAGGUGUGUAAUACAGAGGAAGAGACUUAUAAAAUGAGUUCAUUUUCAGAGCAUGUAAGUUUCAGAUGAACACAUAAAGAGAUGGUAGGAGGGUGAAUUUCAAAAAGCUGUGAUGGGUAGAUGGAGGGAUAGAGACAUAAAGGGAGUGGUGGGUGGAGGAUAAGAAGCUGGAUGACUUGAAUCGUAGUCAUCGAAGAAAAGACAAAUAAGAAACAUGCAGAAAAAAAGUAAAAUUUCAUGGGACAUCGUACUGUGAAUUUCAAAAUUAGGAGGCUUCUGUGCACCACACUCACCGGAGGACCAUGACUCAGCAUUAAUAAAAACCUGGUACACAACAUGAAUAAUGCACAUGACUGGACACACAACACAACGCUAAAAUUUUGACUUUACCUACGGCCAUAGAAGAUAUUUAGCAGUGAUGUAGCCUCAGUGACCCUAACCUAUUGGUCUCUGAAGCAGAGUUUUGGAAUCUAUCGACGGCGGUUUGCCGUAUUCAUAAUGCUGACUCAGCCUAAGGUUUGGUAGGCCUAUCAAGAGGCGAGGGGGUGGAGUUAGGGUGGACCUUAACGUUGAGAUGAACAGCUGCAGCAUGCCUGUCCAUCAACUAGAUCAGCCAUGCCUCAAAUUUAUAAUCUUACAUAAGGACAUGCUCAGAAUGUGAAACAUGAGCAGCAUUAACAACAUCGGAUUAAAUGAUUUGUCCCAAAACGCUGUGAUUAUACGACAUCAGCAGAAUCUGAAAAUGGAAGAGUGAGAUAAUGCUGCAAAGUGGCUCCACAAUAUUGGUCCACUUUUGCUAUGUAUCCCAGCAUGCUUUGUGCAGCAAGGUGCUUAUUACUUUUUAGCUUUAUACUGAUGCAGUAGUCUCACAGGUGUAGAGGAUGCACCUCACUUCUCAGGUGAUAUAUGUGAGUCUGAAAAACUAAAAAUUGCAGUCAAUCAAUUCUGUUUCUAUAGACGCACGUUUCUGUCCAUCUAUCUGAAACACAGCCAUGUUGUUAACAGUGUUUUAUAGACUCUUAAACACAGAGCAGAGCUGACACACACCAUGAACUGGACCUGACACAUGAAACACUAUUUAAAUCAUUAACAAGACCUGGACAAGGAGGGUUAGCAAGGAAAUGAAACUACCCAGAAACUAUACCACAUCAUUUGAAUUUAUACAGCACCUGAAAAACCGCUUUAUGUUUCAGUUUAUGAGGGGAAAGUGCUCAAAACAGCAUUUAUAGAAACACAACACAGGAAAACAUAUAAGGAACAUAAAGCCUUGAUAACGGCACUGCUAAAAUCCAUAUUUACUAAACAUGACACAAGGAGCAGUGGACUGAAAGUAAUGUUUUAAAAUGAAAACUGAUGGAGCUCAUUUCCUGCUGUUUUAUCAUGGAAGAGGAGAUCAUUGCUCUCUGCCUUUUAGGCUGCUGAAGGUUGUAAUUUGAUAUGUUUAGGUUUGUCUCCAUUAACUAUCCAUCAAUGUGAAUGUAAGGCAGCUGCUGGAAUAAAUGCAGCUCUAAUAAUUUAUUCACAGCACAUAUUAUUUAUCAGCUUUUAUUUGUUAUUUUCUGCAGAAGACACCAUAACCCCCCCGACUCUAUCUUUUAUUUUUGUGAUAGUGUCUGUGUGUGUGUGUUUAUUCUCUGUUGACUUGGUAAAACACACACAGGUCCACACAAAGUGAUGCCACACUCCCCUGGGCUUCUUGUUGUUGUAUUUAAGUCCCACCUGUAUUGUAGGUUGCUGAUGGAUGAUUAUAAGAGAAGGGCCAAUCAGGUGUGGCAAGAGUUUGUGUUGACGUGUGAAGGGUUGAGAGAAACCCAAUAUCACAUUGUUCCAGCUGCAACAUGAUGCUGAAGUAACAAAAUGAAGUCAUUCCAGGUUUGGAACAUGAUAACAGCUGUGCACACAGAGUACAUGAUACAAACUCUUUUCAAUUAAACAAGUCAUUUUUAGAGUUGUGCAAGUCUUGUUUUGGAGACAGACCUCAGAAAGCUUAAGUUUAUACUUUUCUCAAACUCUUUAGACCCCAGAAAAUGUGUUUAUUUGGCAUCUAUACCAAUGUUUGACACGCUAGACACAGCCAAACUCUCACCUACCUGAGAAAAAAACACUCUGAAGGCGGCUGGUCUCCAAAAGCCAAAAUCUCAGCACUGAUCCUAGCAGAUUAAAAAAGGCACCCGAAGCUUUAGAAAAACUAAUCCAGACACAGUUACUGGCGAAGAAGAGGUUAAUAUUGUGAUGGAUCAAGUGUUUGCUUUUCUGGCAUUUCUGGAGUAAAUAUUUACAUUUAUAUGCUGAACUAGUUAAACCAGGUGGAUCAUUUGGGUGUUAAAUAUUUCAAAAGCAAUUUAGGCCACAAUUGCAGCCUAUUAAUCAGGUGGAUUACAUUAGAUACCACUUUAUUUAUCCUUUGGGAAGGUUCCCUCAAGGAAAUUGAAAAUAGUCAUAUUGGUAUUGAUAGAACUACACAUGAUGCUCCAGAGUCUUUGAUAAAUACUGUGUAUGUUACAGCUAAGGUAUAUACGGCAAUAGCUUCCAGCAGCACCUUUUCAAAAAGUUCGGACAGUCGAAGCAAAGCUUUGGAAAUACUGUGAAAUGAUACAAGAAAACACCCAGAGGAGAAUCCUAUGACUUAUUAGGAUAGUUUUCAACAGAUCUGAAACAUGAUAGAGUUAAAGGGGGAUCUAAGAGAGGUGGAGUAUUUCCAAAGAUGGGGAGGGGUUUCACUAUUAAUAGUAUUAAUAAGGCCAUUGUUUCCCACGUAAGCACAUGGAAAGUCAGAGACCAGCUAAAGGUGGGGGAGGUUUGCCUGGUCUUGUUAUUUUGCAGGUUUUGCUUCUGCUCCCCCUGCCUUAGCUUUCCAUGUAUACAUGCACAUGAAACAGAGGAGAGGUGUGCUCUCCCUGCUGCAGUCUUAGGCCCUUCCUCAUGAGUUUGUGGAAGGGCAGGGAGCUCCCAGGACAGACUCACUCCGCCUUUAUCCAAACUUCACACUUUUCCCUCCUCAAAUCCCACAGUGGGUUUUAACUUCAACAUUUGUCCUGCAGUCUUUUCUGAAGGGUCGUUUCAGGGUCAACUUGUUAAAAAAGUAAAAAAAAAAAAAAUCAACAUGGUGGACAUUUGCCAAGUAUGAAAACACUAUAAUUGUUUUAUUGAUUUUAAUUGCACUUAUUGUUAUUCCGCCUUUGCAGGAAGGAAACAAAUCCAUUACAGGGAUCAAAUAUGAGCUAAUCAAAUAUACAUUAUAUCUGGUUUUACUCUGCCUUACUGUAACUGAUGUAAUGCGUGGCAGAAACAGCAGCUCCUGUUCAGCCAUGGGUAUCAGUCCUCCUCUCGUCUGCCGCCUGUCUGGAAACAGCUGCUGUGUUUCCGUGCAUUGUGUGUGUAUGUGUGUGUCUGUUUUGUAGUUGUUUUGUAGUGUGAUCAGCAGACAGUGAAUCACAGACUGUAUUCACACACACAAAGACUCUGUUCAGUCUGAUCCGUCACAUGUCUGAGCAGCAGGACGCCCACUGGGAGAACUAUUACACUCGAUCUGAAUUUGGACAAAACAACAUCCCCUCAGAUCCUUAAAUGCCCUCUGCAUAAUGAACCAAAACACCACAGGCUCAGGGGGCGUUAUUACCACCUUUUAGCCAGAAAACUUUGAUGGGCCUGCGUUAUAAAGAAUAAUGACAACUAGGAGAAAAGUUCAAUCAAAAUCUUCUUUUCCGCUGCAUUUUUUCAGGUGCAGACUAUCCCUAAGCUGAUUUGUCUGCUUGAACGUUCACUUAAAGAUGACUGCUUCAGAAGUAGUAUUGCUUUAUGGCUUGGUUUGUAUGCACACAUACAUUACAAGAUUUGAAAAUAAUGUCACAGAAAGCAGAUUUCAAUAAAAAACUGACCAAAACCAACCAUGGAAAUUGGUUGACAGAGACUAAAAGGGGCUAAAUGGAGGAGAGUAUGAGUGAAUGAAACAGUGAAAAUACAGACACCACAAGAUCUCUGUGCUUUGGCAAUAAACAGGUGAACUCUGAACAGACCGACCACUUUAAUAUGAGUAUUGACUAAUUUCUGGAAUUGCACUCGUCCAUCCUUUCCCAGAGUUGUGUAAAAUUAUGUGUUAAUAUGACUUUUAAAACAUCAUGUUCAGUAAGGUACAUGUGUGUUUUUAAUUUGCUGCUUAACGGAAUAGAACAUUCAGGGUCUUUCUUCCAUCACUGUUCGCUGCUCUUUCUGCUGAACCCUGAUUGUUUUUAUCUACCCUUUCUGUCACCAUCAAGUUGCUGUCAGUAAAAUUCACAGUUGUUACCACUCAAAGCCAAUGCUAACCAAGAUAUUCCUCAACGGGAAAUUUCAAGUUUUUUUAAAAGUAGUUCAACCAUGAUGAUAAAAAAAGCAGAGUUUGGUUGACAUGGAAGAAUUUGUACAUGAAAAUGAUGUUUCAAGCACAGUAUGAGUAGUGCAAUGUUCGAAGAGUUAGUCAAGAAAUCUGACAGCAGUGAUAGAGGUGUUCUGCCAAGGGUCACUCACAGUACAUCCAGCAAAUGCUGCGUACAUUUAUGGCUUAUGAUAUUUUCACAAAGCAGUUGAGUCAAUUAAAUUUUUAAUGACGUCAAAUGUGUUUUAUUUCUUUAUUCAGGCAACAAGACGAUGGAGGGAGUUGUAACUGGUGUGAACACAGGUAAGCAGCCUGUCGCAAGGUGUGUUCAAACCCAACAGCCUGUUCAUGAUCUUAAGCACUUUGUCACCAAAUAUUUUGUCACCAGUGACAAAAUAAAAAUAAAAAAUCUUAACCUUGGAUGGAUCAAGAUGGAUUUGAUGGAGGGAUUUCUUGUCUUUAUCUGUUUUUAUGUGUAAAGUUUAAUUAGUAUUUGUUUCUGUUUGAUAUUCAAUUUAUGUUUUUUUUUUAUUAUUAUUAUUAUUUUGUGGAGUUUGUAUCCCAUUAUUAUGAUUUAAUUCAAUUGAUUAAAAAAAAAAAAAAAAAAACCUUGGAUGGUACCAUCUCUGUAAUCUGUGAUAUUUAAAAGUAGUUUGCUGUUGGUCUCUCUUUCCUGUUUAGUCGCCAACAAAUCAACCGAACAGGCCAACAUUGUUGCUGACAGUGCUGUUACUGGGGCCAAUGAGGUUGCCCAGGCAACAGUGGAGGGGGUGGAGAAUGCAGCUUUGGCCACUGGAUUUGUCAGAAAGGUGAGUUGGUUAAGUCACAUGAUCUCAAUCCAGAUAGCAGAGGCUGUUAACGCCUCUUACCAACAGUUUCAUCUACUUUUUUGUAUCAAAGUGAAAUAAUGAAAAUUGUACUUCAUAUUUGUAACUUUUCUAUUUCCGUUUUAUUAUUUAUACCCUGCCAAUUAUCAACAUGUAUUGUAAAAACAUCUAAAUUAAUGGAUCAUGAUUAUUCACGUUCCCCUUUAUUUCAAAUUCAGAUUUAAAUACUUUAAUUAAAAGGGUAGAUCCACCAGACAAAAACAUUAUUCUUCUUUUUCUUCUUCUUCUUCUUCUAAUUAUUAUUAUUAUUAUUAUUAUUAUUAUUAUUAUUAUUAUUAUUAUUAUUAUUAUUAUUAACAAAAACAAUAAAAGCAUACAUAAGGUCAUUCAAAAUGGCACAUAUGCCAUUGUUGACUUUGUUCUGGAAUAAUUGAAUUUUCAUAUUCUCAAAUGCACCUUAACUUAAGAUAUGUUUCUGAGGUUAAUGGCAGUACACAUUUUCUUUUAAUGAGUUCAUUAUUUUGACCCAAAACAUGCCCACCUUCUUUAUGUGCCACACACAAGUAAAUCUAUUUUGUUCACAUUUCCUUUCUCUCAGGUUUAGUUACUUAGUCAAACUAAGUUACUUUCUAAUUUGUGUUGUUAACUUUAAUUCUUGUCUUUUUUUUUUUCAUUUCCAAAUCUCUGAUGAUUGACUUGGAACAGGAGGAGGAGGGACAAGUGGCUGAGGAGGUGCCUGAAUAGCUGGGGGCAUUAAGUUACUAAUGAAUGCAUGGCAUGAUGCUUGUUGCUGGAUGUGACUUAUUCACUCAAGAAAUGAUUAAUAACUCAACAAAUGACGAAUCUGACAUCCCUGCAUUGCUUAAAGAAAGUGCUAAACAGUAGCUGGAUUCACACUGAAGCGUUUCAGAUUUAUUGAGUCUAAUAGUGAGAUUUUGUUUGGUCUAAUCACUCUAAAAAGACGAGAAUAUCCAGACUUUUUCUGGAUCAAAAUUUCAAAUGCUUGUGACUACUGCAUUUGGGAAAGUGUCAGGCAUGAACAACCAUUUUUUCCCAAAAAUAACUUAUAUAAUAUUCACAAUGAGUGAUGUAUUUGAUUGUUAAAGAAGCAAAGUUUAUUUGUCAGAAAAUCCUACGUACUGAUGUAGCCUACUUAAUGGAUACUAUCUUGUUCACAAAAGGGCAGAUUAACACACAAUAAAGUUUCUCACAGGAGCUUCAACAUCGUACAAAUGUAUUUUUCAAAUGUUAAAUCAAUGUAUAAUCAGCUCAUGACCCUUUAUGCACACCUGAUUUAAAAAUGUGCAUCUGAUCCGAUCAUGGAUAAACCUAGCUAAGUGUGUGAGCGAAGAAGAUGCAGAGGUUGUUGAAGUGGAAUCGGGAAAUUUCAGUCCCCAAAAAAACAAAAAUAAUGCAUCUUGGUGUUUCUGUAUGAUUCAAUAUCAAUGCAGGGCGUGAAACCAGUCAAAAACUAGGAAAACUAACAAAGCAUGAAGCCGGAAAGAGCAUGGUUUGUUGCAAGCAGAAAAAAGACAUUCUUCUAAAUCUUUGUGUUCAUCUCUAUGCUGAUGACAACUUUCUCUCAUCUGUUUACAAAUGGAGUCAUUAAAGAGGGGCAUUGCUAGUGUCUUUUGAGGUUGUUUGUCUAAAUUUGAUUUUACUUUAACAGACAGUUUAAUAGUGACCGAGAUUACAUGCAUCAAGCGGCACAACAUGGAAAAAUCAAUGGCAAAGUUACAUUGUCAACACAGGGAUAUUGACUAACAUGGCUGUUUCUUUCAGCUCUAAUCCUCACUGGUAUUCAUCUCACUUUUCUGAAACUUUCUGCAUAAAUGUUCCAUAACAUAACCUGGACAUGACGCUAUCCUGCUGUUGUACAAAGUUACAUUUCUCCCAAAGCAGAAGGUGUGAAAUGGUUCAAUCGGAGCAGUCCUUUUUGUCAGUUCAGAUCACAAUAGGAAGAUGUUUAAUGUUUAAAUGCAAUAAUACCCACAUUUAAUUUCACUGAAAGAGUAGGUACCUUGGGUGAGUUUAUUUUUGCUGCACAAAACCUCUAAAAUUAUGCAAAGAGGUCUCCACCUAAAUAAACUCAUCUUCGAUUCAGGUGACUGAAGCACCAAGAUGGACUGAAGCCAUUUUUUUCAAAUUGCUCAUUCCACUGGUGUAAAAAGUUACACAUUCACUCGUUCUGGGAGAACUGCAGCUUUGUAUGGAGUGGAUUGGUUUCAGGUUGGAUUUUGAUGCUGGUUUUGUGACUACUGUUGUGUCUCUCCUGCAGACUGACACCUCAAAGACAGAAGAUGGAGGAGAACAGACUGAACAGGCUGCACAAUAGGUGAGACACAGAGAAAAAAAAAUUAUAAAUUAAUUUCUGGGGUCAGAUUUUCUUUCAGUUAUUAUCCCUAUAUAUCCUCUUCCUUUUUUAAGAUUUCAUCAACUAUGUUCACUGACCUCUUCUUUCCCAACCCUGGGGAUUUUUUUCUGUCUUUCUCGCUCAGAUUAUCGUCCUUGUCGAGCUGCAGUCACGUCGGGUUGCUGCCUUUCCAAACAGACACGAAGAAAAGAAACUUAGAUGUGUAUAGCUAUUGCUCAACCCUCUUACCUCUGAUGUUACCAAACCCUCAAAGCUUCUUCAUCUAAUGUGUUUACCUAACCUCAUUUACCUACAGAAUACCACCUCUUCCUGUCGCCGUGGCUACACUGCCUUUGCAUUAGAGCAAUGAUGUCCGUUUUUAACUCUCAGAGAUUAAUUGAUCCAGGUUGUAAGCAGCCGUUAGCUGAUUGGUUGGGACAGGGUGACAUCACACAGGUUUAGUGAUCUGGUUUGAUGCCAAAAGUGACCUACAAGCUCCUCCUGUGAACCACCAGGCUGACAGACAGACAGACACCUGAAGCCUUUUUAAUGCAUGUGUCUAUACUUACACAUAAUUCAAAUGCUAAAAAAAAUACUCACUAAUCUUUAACUGACCCUGCAACUCAUACACACACAAACACACACACUCACACACACACAUGCAUCCUGUAUUGCUGAUGUUAACUGAGCUCAAGAGCUGAUUUCUUCCUUUGGAAAACUACAGAAGUGAAAUAAAAACUUUGAAAUCCACGUUUUGGUUACUUGUGUUGAUGACUCAGACUGUAAAAGGACAUACAGAGCAGUUCUCGUCUGAAAAGUUGAUCUGUUCACAUUCUGCAGUUCACAGAUAUAAAAACCUUUUCAUGGCACUUUGCAGCAGGGAUCAGCAGGAAUCUGAGAUGCUCCAGCGUUUUUAACUGCAAAGAAAUCCCAUUGAUGGAAAUAUUGCUACAAAUGAGCACAGACUCUGUAGAUGUGUCUGACUGACAAAUAAACGAACAGAUAAAAAAAUUAUUAUUUUAA